GGAGAAAUGAGCAACUUCAAACCCACUUCCACCCUAAUGAUCGAGCCCUGAUACAGAUGAUCCCAAUUCCGCGGCAACCUUGCCCAUAUAGAAGAGUGCGGGGGCUGGAGAAGAGAGGGUUAUACACGGUUAAGUCAGCCUAUGUGAGAUGGAAAGAAAACCAGGAUGCUGGAGUGGGAGAGUUCUAUGUGCCGGUCACUGGAAUCAGAUUUGGCAAUUAAACCUUCCACCAAAAGUUAGGGUGUUUGCGUGGAGAUGGAUCCAUAAUAUCCUUCCUACAGGGGGGAAUCUAGUUGACCGAACAAGGAGAGGCUGCGAGGAAUGCCCUUUCUGUGGCUUAAAAGAAACCCAAUACCACACAUUCCUAAACUGCGGGUGGACUAGGCGAAUUUGGAAACCAUCGGAGCUUAGGGGUCUAUUCAGUAGGGGGGAGGAAAGAACCUGUGAGGAAUGGUGCUGUGAGGUCCAGGAGAGCGAGAAGUCGGAGGCAAUUGAAGCUUUGCUAGUGGUUCUAUGGUAUAUUUGGCACGAACGCAACAAUCACCUAUGGAAUGGUAAGAAAAGGGAAGAGAGAGACAUUAUCCCACAUGCACUGGAGUGGUUAAGCGAAUUCCAAUCGAAGCAAAGGCAGAGUACUUAUCUGGCGAACCAAAGAUCCCUCCGAUGGAACCCACCCAACCCAGAUCGACUGAAAGCGAACGUGGAUGCUGCAAUUUUCCGAUCGGGAGGAACAGGGUGGGGAGUCAUCGUUCGCGACCACAACGGCGGAUUCCGAUUGGCAGCGGUGAAGCGGACGAGAAGGAAGUGGGCACCGGAAAUUGCAGAAGCGAUGGGUAUAAUGUUUGCCCUGGACCUGGCUAAGAGGUACGAUUUCACAGCCCUGGAUGUAGAGACGGAUUGCUUGCUCUUGGUUCAGAAGCUGCUGCGGGAAAUGCGCUCGGCUUUGGAGGUGGAAGAGGUGUGUGAAGAAAUUAGGGAUGAAGCUGAUCGGGUUGGGGACAUAAGAAUUUUGUUCACAGGCCGAGAAUGUAAUGAACCGGCCCACAUGCUAGCACAUACCUUCUGCCCUUGGGACAGUGAGGAGAUUUGGGUCUCUGAUCCACCUUACUUUUUGGCCCACCAUCUUUGUAAAGACAAUAAUCUGGGCUCCCCCAUUUAAAUAAACACAAGGAGAUUGAUUUUUAAAAAAAGUAUUAAUAUUUCUAUUUAAAAAUUAUUAAAUAUAUUAUCAAAUUUUGACAAAAUAGUACAACAACUCUAUUUUUUUAUAAUUCAAUACGUACAUCUAGAUCAAGAAAAAAGUAACAAAGUUUAAUAGCUUAUUCGAACAAUUUGUUACUUAUAUCAUAUACAAAAUUAUCAAAAUCCACUAGUAUUGUAAAUUUUAUUUAUAAAAGAAAAAAAUACACUUACGCCCCUCCAACAUCAACUCCUAAGUUUUCUCAACGAGCAUCCUAGUAUUCCAUCCCAUGAUCUUCCUGUUUUGCUUCAUCUUCCUGUUUUGCUUCAUCUUCCAAUUUUUUUUAGCCAUCUACCGUCAAUCCUUCGUUCCCUUCCAUCAAAAGCCUAUCAUCUAUAAAAUUCUAGGAUUCUAAUACAAAAAAUUCAUGUACCAGUACAAACAAUCUCUAGAUUAGUUGCGACCUCAAUAUUCUCAUCGAAUCUAUCUCUUUCAAUAUAGUCAUGAGCUCUUAAUCUUACUGAGUUCACAACAUAUACAAAUAAGUUGAAUUCUAUUGAGUCCUAGUCGAUGUUGGUGAUUGACAAAUAAUCAGUCUGAUAAUCUGGACCCUACUUAGAGCUUGUAUUGUCGUUAAUUAUUUUUCGUUCUUACUCUCAUCCACUAUAUGUAUGUCUUUGGUGAAACAACCGCCCCUUGUAUCCUGGUUACAUCUAUUAAUUCGCGAAUGUUUUUUUUUAAUUUCUCCAUGUUAGGAAUUUAAGUUCCUAACUUAAGUGGGCUUGCAAAUUCACAACACAUAUAUUAACUAUUUGGUUUUGAUGGGCAGACUAUAAGUGAUCAAUACAUGGAGCCCAUGAUUACUCAAGCCCAAUAUGGGUCUAAUGGGUGGAAACCCAAUACUUGUCCACUUGGGCUUUAUGGGAGCCCAUGUGAAACUAGUAUAUAAGGAGUUUGAGGUUGUGGUCUCCAAUACACCAAGACCAAACACUCUCUUCUUCUCCCCAUCAGGAAGAUCAGAGGAUUCUCGUUAGUGGACUAAGGAGGCUUGGUUGAGGAAGAUCACGCUACCUCCCGGGUCGUGCUCUUAGAAGUAUCGUCCGGCCAAAGUUCGUCUUUCAGAUUCCGCAUCAAGAUCCAGACGGUCUACAUCGUGAAAUCAGGUAACUCUAUCAACCUUUGAUAAUCUGACAAGAUGACAGAUUCCGGGAAAUUACAUAGGCUAAAGUUUAAUUCCAACACUCCAAGUUCAUAAUUUUGUGCUCCAAAGUAGGAGCGUGCAGUCAAAAGCGUGUUUCUACCUAGAAGCGUAAAACCGUAAGCUUUUAAGUUUUAAAACGUAGAUUUUGACUACAUUUGUAAGGGAAAAUGACGAUUCUAUGUAAAAUCAUUUUAGUGACCCAAAAGGGUAAAAGCGUAAGCUUUUAAGUUUUAAAGCGCGAUUUUGACUGCAUUGGAGCGCCAACCCAUGCCCCUCGAAUUGUGUGACGUAAGAAUAAAUUGAUGUUAGAUAA